UUAAGUAGCGGAGGAGAGGCACAGUAGGUAGGCUACCUAAGGCCAAGAAUUCCUACCUCCUCGCGGCGCUGCGUCGUUCAGAUCGGGGGAACCAAGUGGGCGGAUCUGAGUACCAUCCCACAUGGGAGCGUUUGAUUAGCAAGGCUGGUUGUCAGCUUGCCAUAAGAAUAGUUUUGGUCAGACCAACAGUUCUAUAGGCAGGGGGGUACCCCUGGUGAGAAUGGCUCCCUCGAGUGGCACGACUACUUUCUCACCUACCUAUCUACCGUACAGGAGGAACUAGUAGACAAGGUGUUUGAAUCCGCACACCUAGGUGUCCGUACAUAACAGCGAUGAUUUGUUUACAAAGUAUCACAGCAUAUAAGUUCAAGCCAAGUAAGAAAAGGAAAGGAAAGGAAGGAGAAAUUAGAACGGAGUAACUAUAAUAUCCCCCUCGUGCAGAGAAUAUCAGGCAUGCAUGUGAGGAGGUAUGGAAGGCUUUUGCUUUUCUUCACCGGCACUUUUGCCCGUUCUCGAAACCCCAGACAGACAGAGAGAAAGAAAGAAAGAAAGUUUACGCGAACACUACGUCAAGCUCGGGGACAGGGACGGGAGGGAAGGGAGGGGACUAUGUCUCCCAGUCGGCAAUGUCGGCGGAAAUUUGGGGAUCGUCCCUUUUGGCGGAACUGGGCGGGAAUGGGAUGGGAUGAGAUGGGAUGGAGUAAAGGGUACACGUGUGUAACUAACCUGAGAGGGUUCUUACUUCCUUCCUAGGGAGGGACUGUGUAAGUACAUAGGUAGAAAGGGCAGAAAAGGGUAAAGUAAGGCAUGGCAAGGCAAGGCAAGGCAAGGCUUUGAUGAUCAUGGCGGAAGCUUUAGCCGGAGCAAAAUGACUUUGAACUGGAAGAAGAGGUCCGAGGAGGUGGUAAGCGGAGGAGGUACUGUAAAGGAGCGGAAUGGAAGGGACAGAAUGUGGACAGAACUGUGGACAGAAGUUGAAUGGUGACGUGUGCAUGAGUGAAAUUACGCGAG